GGUGAUUUUUAAUAAAAUAUAAAGUUGUCUAUUUCUAUUACUAGUUCUGCCAUAGGUCAGUGCAAAGUAACUUUUAAAUGACUAAAAUUUUUAAAAAUAGUACUGAAACUCAUGAGUUGGGUCUGUGGUUUAGUCUAGGUGGACCUUUUGCAUGAUAUAAAAUAAACAAUGCUAAGUAACUCUCAUAAGUAGUGUUUAUUGUUCUUACUAGUUUUUAUCUUGGAAGUAACUGCUCCCUUCAAAGCAGAUUUGUAUGGAAGUCAUCAGAGCAGUGGGAAGGAACAGCUGGCUGCUUUCCCUGUGUCUGCUGAGAGACACACAUACGGUAGAAAUGCUAAUUGCAGUAAUGAUUGUCGUUCAAGUGCCGCUACAGUGUGGCAGAUAUAAAAGCGAGACGACAAACUGUGACGGUCCCCAUCUCUGGUGAACACACUAAAGCGCAUAGUGUGGCAAUCUGCACUAAGUAGAAACGUGGCUGCCAGCCGAACAGAUACACCCCCUCCCCACCUGCAUCAGUGCUUGGACUUGUGUUGUCCAUAAAAGAACACAGUGGGGGGGCAGCACUUAGUAUCCUGGCCCCCUCAGACCCAAGCCCCCCUCCUGCCUGACCGGGUUGCGAUGCUUGGGUGAACCUGAAAGGCCAUGGGUCAGCAGGCGAAUGAAGCUCUGCAUCAUCAGCACCAAGUAGCCGGGAACAGCCUCUUGCCUUUGCUGAAUUCUGGAACGGAACCACCUGAUCAGAAACCAGUGCUCCCCAUUCCCUUGGACCAGAAACCCCCUGUCAGUGCCGCAGAACUUCUUAAAGACAAUGUGGCCAGUGGGACUGGGGGAGGAGGAAGUGGGCCUCCAGUUGCUGUGGUCAAAAAGGAGCCUAAAUCAAAGACGCCAUUUGUGUGUGGCUACUGCAACAAGGCUUUUCGGGAUAGCUAUCACCUGCGGAGACAUGAAUCUUGCCACACUGGCAUUAAGAUGGUUUCACGGCCUAAGAAGACACAAACAGCCCCCACAAUGGUGCCACUGAUAUCCACUGUCCCCCGAGAGAAUAACGGCAACCCUUCAUACAUUACUACUGUAGCAGGUAUCCUGACUACAGCCACCACGUCAACAUCCACAGGCACUAGCAUAAUGACUCCAAUGCAACACCAACAGCAGCAAAGCAUCCCGAAGAAGCCCCCCAAGCCAGUGAAAAAGAACCAUGGCUGCGACAUGUGUGGAAAAGCCUUCAGAGAUGUGUAUCAUCUCAACCGCCACAAGCUGUCACACUCUGAUGAGAAACCCUUUGAGUGUCCCAUCUGCCAGCAGAGGUUCAAGAGGAAGGAUCGCAUGACCUACCAUGUCCGCUCGCAUGACGGUGGAGUUCACAAGCCUUACAUUUGUUCUGUCUGUGGGAAGGGCUUCUCCAGACCCGAUCAUCUAAGCUGUCACGUCAAGCAUGUCCAUUCAUCAGAGAGGCCAUUUAAGUGCCAAGUAACGGCUUGUACCUCUGCCUUUGCUACCAAAGAUCGUCUGCGCUCCCACAUGAUCAGGCACGAAGGCAAAGUCACCUGCAACAUCUGUGGCAAAAUGCUUAGUGCCGCUUAUAUCACAAGUCACUUAAAGACACAUGGCCAGGCCAGCUUCAACAACCCAUGCAACAGUAAAGGCAUAAGUGACUGGCAGUGGAACCACUCAGGGCCAAGAAAAGGUGAGUUGACGGUAGGAGAGAUUUUAAAUAACUCCUUCCAAGUCCUAAUUGACAACUCUCACAAAGAUGCCAACAAUGUACACAACAGCUCUGCCACUACAACGCCGGUCACCAAUUCGGCAGCCAUCACCUCCGCUAUGAACCGCAGUGGCAACGCCAGCAAUCCCGUCACAAUAGCUGCUCAGAUGAACAUUGCCACCAGCACGGUCAACAUCACAACGCCGGUCAGCCUGCAGCACCCUGUCACCAUCACUGGUCCUGUCAACCUGGCGUCUGUCAACAUCCCCACAACGGCGCACAUGAAUCUCGCCCACCCCGUGGCUAUCACCACUCCCAUGCCCAUGAAUAUCACUGGGCCUCUUAACAUAGCCAUGAGGCCCAUGGAGAGCAUGCCUUUUCUAUCCCAGGUUCUGCCUUCCUCUCCUCCUUGGUAGAGGUUUUUAACCCAUGUAACAGCUGAUAAUAUUAUAACUGCCUAAUUCUAAACAAGCCUGAUAAAUGGCAGCUAGUAAGCAAUGAUCAAUGAUCACUUACAUGCUGCCAUCCACAGGGAAGUCUGAUUAGACUGUCCAUAGGUAAGGUUUCUCACACCUACAGUUCAGAAACUCUCAUUGCCUGACUGUGGUGUCCAGGAGUCUCUUAUUUAUUCAUAAAAAACUAAUUUGUAAGCUACUGUCUCCAAAAACAAGAGUUGUUGAGUUUUACUACUUUACCUCCUGACUUCCUGUGGUACUUCAGGAGAUAUAAGUCCUUUCCUGCUUAUCAUCGUCUUCUAACAUGACCACACUGCAUACAGAUAGUUUGUGUAAGUAACAGCCAUUUAAUGCCAAAGAGUUUCCCAUUAAUCAAUAAUAAGAAAACAUUUAAACAAUGUUUAAUCAAGUCAAGGAUAAACAAACAAACAUUUGUCCUUCAAACAUUUAAGAAAUGACAUUUAGUGCAGCAGCUGUAUGUCAACAAAUGUUUGUAUUAUUAUUAUUAUUACCAUUAUAAUUAUUUAAUAUUGAUAUUUAGGAAUGCAUUUUAUUAGCAUUAUUACAUAAACCGGUUUUAUACCCUGUAAAACCUAAAGGGACAGCUUUUCCAGUUUGAAAUGAAUAGAAGUUAUCAUAUUGUCAGCUGUUAUGCCUUCAUCUUUACUUUGUUUGCAUUUAUCCCCUUUCCAAACUCCAGUAGUGUUUUUGUUAGCAGCAGAUAGUUGAGGUUUUACCGUGUAGCUGGCAGUAAAUCCAGCUGGACCAUCACGUGGCGUCUGACUUUAUACCUGGGUGAUGCUUUACUAAACCUGAGGCAUUGUUAACAACUCUUGAAAUGGAAUUAUGUUGUUGUAUUUCAGAGUUGAUUUUGAAAUGCUUCAUCUGGCAAAGGGUGCAAAGUUAGUUUCAUGUUCUUUUUUUUCUGUUGUUAUUUUAGGAAUUAUCAGUAUUUAAUAGUUUAUGUAUUUUAAAGAUUAAGUGUAAGAAACAAAGCUUCCAUUUAGCUGGUUGCUAUGGACUUGCUGAUGGUACAUGGUCCAUCCACCGACCACCAGCUUCCUUCCCUUUGUGUCUGUAUGUUCGCAGUGCUGGAUACUACAAAUGGUUCUCUGUGACAUCUGUAUGUAUUUAUGUGGGACAUGACAGUUGAAGGUACAGCAAAAAGAAACAUCUUGUACUAAAGCAAUCCUUAGGUUUUACCCUUAAAAUGGCAGUAUUAUCAAAGGUCAAGUUAAAGUUUGGAUUACAGAGAAGUUUAACUAUAGAGAUGAAGAGAACAUAGUGGAUUGUAGUGUUAACAGAGUUAACCUAGCAUAUGUUCAGUUGGAUAGAUUUGUUUAUUUUAGCGGGUAUAAGAUCCCAUCACUGUUCAUCAAGCUCAGGAAGGUUACUGAGAAUAAUCUGUUCAUUGAUUUACACACUGACCCAUUCUUUGUACUUUGUCAGAACACUAUUUUAUUGCCUUUUACCUGUGCCAGUGGACGUCCUCUCUGCCCACCACAGGCAGCAAAGCAAGACAGAUACCACCACUGAUCCCAGAGGACAGAGAAGUAGAGGCCAAUGAAAGGAUGAGGCUGUUGUGUUCACGAUGGUGUGAGACUUGACAGACUGACCCCUAGAAACGGCUCAUACGGUACUAUUCCUUAGAGACACGGCAGGAAUGAAUGAACGAAUGGCACUCGUUUGUAUUUGCAUGCAGGCACAGUGCUGGUAGAUUCAGGCAUAAUCUUGGUUUGUCCCAGCCUUGUCCUUUAAUUCUAAAUCUUCUCUGUAGACCACACUUGUAAAGCAAAGUGUGGUGUUCAUGCUCAUCGUUGUUUUGGCUAUUUAUUUUCCAAGGAAAGUUGAGGCUGUGAUCGCAAAGAUGUCCCAGUCCAUGUUCAGGUAAACCCGAAAGAGCAAGAUGUUGUGGUAGUAGCGUUAGUUCAUGUUGCUAAGCAACACAGGGUUGUUGGCUUAAACCCAUUUACACUUUACUGAUGUCUUUCCUGAGAGUUUGUUAUUGGUCGGUUGGGCAUUGUCUAAACUGUGUACCCACUGUGACUGAGAAUCCAGAAGCAAAGACAGGAAGCAGUUGUUGUGUGGGUGUGGAGGCUUCUGGGUUUAUUACUCCAUUCUGCCAGUACCUCACAUCAGCGCUAAUGUGGUUAGACCCUAAAUACCUGGUCUGUGUCCUGUGGCAAUGUGGCGCACACCUACGUGAAUUCACAGUGCCUUUAGCCAACAUGAAGGGAACCUGUCUACCAGUGUUGCAAGUGAAUGUCUUCCAUUUGUCACUUUAGGUGCAUUCAUGGCUACAGUUCAGGAACAUUUCUUGUUUGCAUAUUUAAAGUAGGGCCACCUGCUGACUGUAUAGAAAGCACAACAUUUACAUGGUUCUAUGCUUUGUCUGUCCAUCACUCUUGAAGUCUUAUCAGUGUCUCCAUCCUGAGAUUUGCGUUGAAUCAGCAGCUGUCUGCACAUGGCCGUUAAAAGCCCUGGCAGUGACAUAACUGCAGUGUUUGAGCACCACUGACUGUCGCUCCUCGAUCAUCAGAAAACACAUCUGUGCAGCUACAGAAUGUUUUGUUGCAUAGACUGUGGUUUGUCCACUUAAAGAAACAACAUUUGUCCAAAGGUUUGAGUCGUGCUUGCACUGAGAUCAUGUUUUUUUUAUCAUGUGAUCAUGUAUGUUUGUUGCUUCCAAAAACCUCUUGAACACAAAUGACACAGACGUCCAUUACUAGAGCUGACCUACACCUGCCAUGCAUGCCAGUGUGUAAGGUAGUCGCUUUGUUGACCAAAUGAAAUAAUGCUAAUGCAUUUGACCAGAGUUGGGACAGACAUGCUAAAGGGAAAACGAAGCAGUCCUUUGUGAUCGCAGCCUCAGCAGGUCCUUCAGCGGGUUUGCUGGCCCCCGGUUCCCUGGCUGUGCGCGUCUCGAGCAUCGUAAGAGCAGCUCUGGAGACACUACAGAAUAGUGGUACUAUGUGGUUUGACGCAUUUCCACUUUGUGAAGACAGUGGUUAGUGCUUGAUUUACGAUUUUUACACUUGACCACAUAUGUGCAGAUGUGAGGCCUGUGAAUGCCACUGUACACCUGCUGACUCUGCACUGAGGGAAAAGCGUUUGUGGAUUGGCAUUAGGUUUUUGGCAGUUGAUUAAUGUCCCACCUUUUAUUUUUUUCCAUGUUGCAUGUGGAUGACUGAGCUUUUCCAGUGUAUGCUUGAGUUCAGCAACUAUUUAUUAGAAAUCUAGCAACUUUGAAUGAAAACACUAAAAAGCCUAAAAAAAUUAGGACGAAAGGAAGCGCAUAGUGUCAUUUGUCCUUCUUUAGUGGCCGUAAACAAGUGUGCCUGAAACACUUUACAAGACUUUUCCACACGUUAAUGCUUCCUCCUCCAGAUGUCCUGUGUGAUGGAAUCGUUUUGUGAAGGAAGCCUUCGUCAGUUCAGACGGCCAAGGAAUCCACAGAUCUGGCAGCCAAACGUGUGUUUCUUCAAAUGUUUUUACAAAGUUGUACUUCAGCAGCAAUCUUGAGAUAAUAAACAUAUGUAAUCAUUUUUAGACAUUUGACUUUAACCUAAUGUGAAAAGGCAAACACUUAUUAGGCCAGGUGAUGAUUUGGAAGUUGAUUUUUAUUUUCUGUGAAGUUUGUAUGAUGAAUUUGGCAGAUGUGAAGGCAAAUGAAUGUAUAUCUUUGUACAAACCAUUUAGUUCAGAGACAUGUUAGUCACAACUGACACAUGCAAGAAAAAUAACCUUUUUAUAAAUCUUUUGUAUUAGAACAUUAACAAUGGUAAUUUUUGUAUAUACGAAGGCUAGGCUUUCUGAGUAGCAGAAAGGUAAAACAUUCCUACAUUUUUUUAAAUGUAUGUCCAUUGAGAAUAAUUAUGUAAACAUAAGCGCAACGUUUUAUGUGCCUUUUAUUUGGGUUUGUCUAAAUAAAAGUAAACAAUAAAACACAACCGUAGACUUGA